CAUUUGAGGUCACGUGAUACGUUCACGACGCUACACGGCCGCGAUUUGAAUAUUCUUAUCAAACCACAAAGGAUAAAGAGAGAGGGUUUUAAAGUGGAUUGAAUUGAACUUUUCCAUGCAAUCCGUUCUCAUUUUCACACCAAUGGACCUCCUGGUGCAUAGCUAAGUGUAAAUAGCCCUUCUUGAGCGAUUUUCAACCAGGUUGCGUGCUCAAAUACUCGAUUCUCGGCGUGUGUGAAGUCGUCGAAUUGUUAAAGAUGGCGUAGUAAUGUGAGUCAAUGCAGCAAAUUAGCAAGAAAUACGUCUUAAAUUUCCUUUCCAUAACUCGGCGAUGGGUUAACAAGAAGCAAUGAGUAGUUGUACGUAUUUUAAUGGUUUAUUAUGAUCCGUAAAGGAGUCUUUGUGGCACCACUGGCAUGCUGUAAGCGAAAUCUUCAGUUAUGGCAGUUACUGCUAUUGUUCUGUACCGUUAGUUGGAAUACCGUCUCCUGCAACACUGCAAAUGUUUAUAAGUUUACAAUAGCUGAAGAAAAACCCAAAGGGACAGUGGUUGGAAGUAUUCAAAAUUCAGGAUCUAACCAUUACUAUGACAUAUUAUUAACUGAGCCCAAGAAAGGAGAUGGCUUCUUUACAAUAGACCGAACUAGUGGGACAAUUUCUACAGCAACGGUACUAGACAGAGAGAGCAUCCAAGUGGAUUAUUACAACCUUACAAUUUUCGAUUUCAUUACUUCAAAAACGGACUAUGUUCUAGUGUAUAUACAAGACAUAAAUGACAAUUCUCCUCUCUUCGUUGGAGGGAACUUUGCUAGUGUCACUUUGUCUGAGGGUCAUGCGUUUCGGUAUAAAAUCGUUGCUGCUGAUCGUGAUAAUGGCUUGAACUCAACACAAAAUUACAGUAUUAUAUCAGGAAAUAUCGACGAUGUGUUUAAGCUGGACACCAAGCGGGAUCUUAAUAAUCAUUUGUAUGCUGAUUUAGUGCUAAAUUCUGGAAAAGAACUUGAUCGUGAAGACAGAGAUUUUUAUGUUUUGAAUAUUUCUGCAWGUGAUGGUGGCWCCCYACCGAGAAAGGAUUUCUUACAAUUGAAUGUAACCGUAAGUGAUCUUAAUGACAAUCCUCCAGUUUUUAACUCCUCGAAUUAUACAGUCUACAUCCGUGAAGACAAGAAGCCUUCAACAUCGAUUAUYAAAGUGUUAGCCACUGAUAAAGACAUUGGCACAAAUGCUAAAAUUUACUAUUCAAUCUUAAACUCAGAUCCCAAGAAUGAAUUUAGUAUCGACAAGGAUACAGGAGUCAUUUCAGCAAUUGUUCCACUAGACUAUGAAGUGAAAAAGUCUUAUAAACUGUCUAUUAAAGCAGAAAAUAGUGACAGUGAUAAGCUGUUCUCUAUUUCUGUUGUCAACAUCAUCAUUUUAGAUGUCAAUGAYAAUGAUCCARUUGUUAGUGUAAAGUUUUCCAUUGGUGGACCRUAUCAAGUGCUUGAGAAUGCCAAGGUUGGCGAGGAAGUAGCUCGUGUCUCUGUCUCGGAUAAAGAUUCAGGACCAAAUGGAGAUGUGAAUGUUACUUUGGAAGGAGGUGAUGGGUAUUUUAGCAUGAAAUAUGAUGUAAAGAACGCUGAGUCUGUAAUCUAUGUUGGAAGACCAUUGGAUAGAGAGAAAAAUAAAGAUUUCAUUYUAAAGGCAUCGUGCAUUGACAAUGGUAAUCCUCCAAGAGAGACUACAAAAAGUUUUAAAAUAAAUGUUGGUGAUGUAAAUGACAACCAUCCUAAGUGUGAACGCCAUGUUUACACAAGUAGAGUUAUUGAAAAUGCAACUGUUAACACYAUCGUUGCCUCUGUGAGUGCAACAGAUGCAGAUUAUGGUAUAAAUGCUGAACUUGAAUAUUCAUUGUCAAAUGGAACAAAAAACAAGCCUUAUGGAAAAUGGUUUAAAAUUGACCAUGGAACAGGAGUAAUAAAAACAGCUAUGAAGAUUGAUCGUGAACUAUUUCCCCAACCUGUUUUAAUUGUAAUAGUAUCGGAUAAAGGAACACCAUCACUUAGAACUAACUGCACUGUCAUAGUAAACAUUACUGACACAAAUGAUAAUGACCCAUACUUUAACCAGAGUAUUUACAAGGCCAGUGUACCUGAAAACUCAGCUUCUAACGUUUAYGUCCUGCAUGUUUAUGCUACAGAUCCUGAUCUYGGUGAUUACAGUUUGAUUAAGUACAGCAUUCCAACCCGCAACUCAGUUCCUUUUAAAAUUGAACCAGACAGUGGAGCCAUUUUAACAGUGAACUCAAUUGAUCGUGAAACAAAUCCUUCAUACUCUUUCCAAGUUGUAGCAACCGAUGGUGGUGGACGUAAAGCAUUUGCUACUGUUAAGAUUACUAUCACUGAUAAGAAUGAUAACAAACCAGUYUUUAAACCUGAUGAGUAUUUCAAGGAUGUUAAGGAAGAUGUACCUGUUACAACAGAGAUUGUUACUGUAACUGCUCUUGACAUGGACAGUGAAUUGUACUCUAAUGUAACAUACUCUAUAAUCGCUGGUAAUGACGAUGGAUUGUUUGAUAUCAACAUCUUMACAGGARUGAUUACAGUUGCUCAAAAACUUGACMGRGAAACUAAGGAUUCUCAUAUUCUUCUUAUUAAAGCAGUUGAUGCUGGUGGAAUUCCUUCCACUAACAAUGCCACWGUUAAUGUAACUGUUCUUGAUGUAAAUGAUGAGCCACCCAUAUUUGAACACCUAUCGUAUAACUACACUGUAGUGGAGAACUCUCAACCUGAAGUUAUCGGCACRGUGACAGCAACAAGCAAAGACCUUGGCACUAAUGCUCUAGUGACUUACUCAAUAAUCAAAGGGAAUGUUGAUAACCAUUUCACCAUCAACACUACUGGCACAAUAUACCUACGCAAGCCUCUUGACCAUGAGAAGACAUCACAAGUCCASUUAACAGUCCAAGCUCAAGAUGGAGGUAAGCCGGCACUGUUUGGGUUUGCACAUGUGAACAUUAAUGUAACUGAUUUAAAUGACAAUGCACCUCAGUUUAAUGGUAGUUUUAUUAAAGUCUUUCUUCCUGAGAACACUUUACCUGGACACUCUUUCUAUAAAGUUAAAGCUGUAGAUCCUGACAGUGGUAGUUUUGGUCAGAUAUCCUAUACCUUAGUGACAAAUCCUGGUCAGCUCUUCCAACUCAAACCACAAACUGGUGCAYUAUCUUUACAAAARCCUAUCAACUUUGAAACUGAUGGAAGGUCAUACAAAAUAGUACUUCAGGCACAAGAUGGUGGUCAGAAAAYCUCUCWAGUCACUUUAAAUGUCAGUGUUGUUGAUGUUAAUGAUCAUGCUCCUGUGUUUGUCAACUCUUCUUAUGUUGUCCAUGUCUCGGAAGUGCAAACGAAGGGUACUAACAUUGUCAAAGUUUCUGCUACUGAUAAAGAUUCAGGUUUGAAUGGUCAAGUUACAUACAGAUUUAAGAACAGCCCUGAUACAGCAAAGUUUGGCCUGAAACCUGAUGGCUGGAUUUAUUUGAACGAUAAGCUUGAUAGAGAGACGCAAGACCGAUAUAAGCUAACAGUGGUCGCAUCUGACAAAGGCCUACCAACACCUCUUACUUCCUCUGUCGAUGUAACAAUCAUUGUUGAUGACCAUAAUGAUAACAACCCUASUUUCCGUCAUAAGUCAUACAUCUUCUACAUCCAAGAAGGCAAACCCAAGGGAACAGUCGUUGAUUCUGUGACAGCUUCAGAUAAAGACAUAGGAAUUAACGCUAAAAUUACUUAUAAGUUUGAGACUGCAUUAAGUGGAUUUACUAUUGAUAAAGACACUGGGGAAAUCAAGACCACUAAAGUCCUUGAUCGAGAGGAAAAGUCAUCUUAUACUGUCAUCGUAGUUGCUACAGAUGGUGGUGUUAGCGCGCGAUUGGAUAAAACUCGAGUUACCAUAGUGGUUAGUGACGUCAAUGAUAAUAGUCCAUCGUUCACUCCCUCCCAGUAUAGCGAGAAAGUCUAUGAGGAUGUUGCAGUUGGAACUACCCUAGUUAAAGUCACAGCAAUCGACAAGGAUGAAGCAGGACCUAACAGUGAMGUGCGRUAUUCCAUCGUUGCUGGUCAGCAAAAGUCACGUGUGUUUUCAAUCAACGAUAAAACUGGUGCAAUAACAGUAACUUCAUCUCUAGAUCGUGAAAAGAAACAUCGAUAUAUACUUUAUGUCAAUGCCAAGGACUUAGGCAAGCCGCCUAAAUACACCAUAGCAAUGGUCACUAUUAAUGUUCUAGAUGUUAACGAUAAUGUUCCAAGGUUCUUAAACAUGACUGACUUUGUUAAUGUACCCGAGAAACUUCCUGUGGGAAGUAACGUAACACAAGUGAAGGCAGUCGACAACGAUUAUGGCGAUAACGGUAAGAUUGUCUACGAAAUAGCCCUCGGCAACGUUGGAAACACCUUYAAAAUCAACARGACUUCAGGACUUAUCACUACACGMAUUUUACUGGACUUUGAGMGACAGAAUCGUUACCAGUUAAAAAUCACCGCGAAGGACAUGGGUACAAGACAGCAUACAACCUAUCGUUGGGUGAAUAUAUAUGUUUUAGAUGCCAACGAUAAUCGYCCAACGUUUGACAAGAAUCCAAUCAUUGCAUCAGUCCUAGAGGGGGURCCAAUCAAUCACACUGUCAAGACUAUCCAAGCACGUGAUGAUGAUUCAGGAAGUAACAGUUGGAUUUUAUAYAGUAUUGUAUCACAAAACCCUGAACAGCACUUCAGUAUCGACCCCAUGUCAGGCGCAGUGCGUACGAUAUCUCCAAUUGACAGAGAAUCCAUCUCGGAAUAUACUUUGAUUGUAAAAGCCACUGAUCAGCCGUACACACAGAARGAUCGUCUUUCAAGCACCGCAACGUUGAAGAUCAUAGUSCUCGAUGUKAAUGACAACAAACCUGUUUUUGUCUCYAAGAACAUGACUUUUAUCAUGGAGGAUGAGCCGUUUAACUUCGAGGUUAUAACCAUCACCGCAAUCGACCCUGAUGAAGGUAGAUCUAGUAAAGUAGAUUAUCGUAUUGUUAGUGGCGAUGCCGGGAAAUUUACCCUUGAUCCAAGAACCGGAGCAUUGAAGAAGAUUGGUAAGCUAGAUUACGAAACACGCCACUCAUAUAAACUCAAUAUCAGUGCAACAGACGAAGGAAGCCCAGCUCUCGUGUCAUAYCAACUAUUAACAAUUAAUGUAGUMGAUGUUAAUGACAACCCCCCGGAAUUUACACACAAACUCUAUAACGGAACUGUUAGUGAGGRGGAGGCAGUGGGAACGCCGGUAGUUAAAGUUACAGCAUUUGAUCGCGAUUCUGGGACAAAUGCUGAGUUCACUUACAGUAUUCCUAGCAGUACACAAAGAAAGAAGUUUUUCAUCAAUUCCACCACCGGUUUGAUUACGACCAAGGUAACGCUUGACAGAGAAGAGCAAGGUUCGUAUUCGUUUGUCGUUUACGCUACUGGCAGUAUGUAUCCCUUCAGAGUAAGCACAACUAACGUCCAAGUCAAAGUUUUAGACAAGAAUGACAAUCCACCAAAGUUUUCUUCAGCGUUAGUCGAAACUAAAGUAACAGAAAACUCGGCCGCGCAUGGCUUUUAUACUAUUGCCGCAAAAGACUUGGAUGACGGRCUCARUGCUAAGGUUAAGUACGAGCUCGUUUCUGGUAACAUUGGAGGUGCGUUCAAGAUUGAUGAAGAUACAGGAGAGCUGUCUACUUUGAAACAACUCGACCGUGAGGACGUGGACAAAUACACGCUUACAAUAGAAGCCAAGAAUAUCGUGAAGCCAUUUUACUCAGCAAGUUGUCAAGUAAUUGUUGCGAUACAAGAUACAAAUGAUAAUAGACCUCGCUUCUUAAAGUCGAAAUACACAACUGUUAUUGCUGAGACAACACCAAGAGGAMGUGCAAUACUCAAAGUGGAUGCUAAUGAUAAAGACACCGGUUCUAAUGGAAGGGUUGUUUAUACUCUUGGUAACGAUACUUACAGAUACUUUACUAUUGAUCCACAGACAGGAGUCAUAUCAACAGAAUCAGUAUUUGACACGAGUAUAAAAUCACAAUAUAUUUUCCAUUGUUAUGCACAUGAUCAAGGUAUCGACCCAAAGAUGGACGUCGUACUUAUCACGGUUACAAUUCAAGAUAUGAAUACGCAUAGCCCUGUGUUUACCAAGACUCCUUAUCAAACUACUGUCUUCCGCAAUGCUUCAAGUGGGACUAAUGUUCUAACAGUACUGGCUACUGAUUCUGAUACCAAUAAAACCACAAACGGUAAAGUAACAUAUCGAAUCAAAGGUCAGUCGUCGUUGUUUCUUUUAGAGAGUAAUACUGGAAUAUUAAAGACUAGCAAUGGUUUUAAUAACCCACCGGCUGGGAGGCAUAUCUUGUAUAUAAUAGCACAAGACCAUGGACACCCAGCCAAGUCUAGUAAUGGUAUUAUUGAAGUAUUAAUUGGAACAGUAAAAGACGAUCCGCCUGUAUUUGUUAACAAGUCUACGUCGAUUGUGAGUAUCCCAGAAGACACUGCAACAAAUGGUUAUAUAACAACUGUUAUUGCACGCAACAACAAUAACAAUCCCGUUAAAUAUAACAUUAUYAGUGGUAACCUUGACAACGCCUUUGCUAUUAAUGCUGGUACUGGUGUUUUAACGGUGCAAGCUUCAGAUAAACUUGAUUAUGAGACCACAAAGGUGUAUAAACUACAGCUACUAGCCACUUUAACCAGCGGCUCCUCUCUUAAUGGUUAYAUGACUUUGUUUGUACGUCUAACCGAUACCAACGACAAUCGUCCAGUGUUUCACCCUAGCAACKUCGUUGCUCAGCUACCAGAGGACACCGGAGACUUUGCACCACGAGAUGUCGUCAUGGUUACAGCAAAUGAUGCAGACUCCACCACAAAUUCACAGCUAACGUACUCUAUUGUAUCAGGUGAUGAUAGUGGAACAUUUGCAAUAAACAGUCAGACAGGACAAAUUAAAACAGUCAAGCCACUGAACCGUGAAACGUUAUCUAUAUAUCAUCUUGUUGUCAAGGCAACCGACCAUGGCAUACCCUCCUUGUCAAGUAAUUGUAAUGUGUCAGUUAAAGUGUCUGAUGUUAACGAUAAUCCACCAGUAUUCAACGUUACCAAGGUAAUCAAGAUUCCCGAGGACACAAGACCUGGAUCAGUCAUUACUAUAGCAACAGCAACAGAUGCUGACCAAGACAACCAGUUAGUUUACUCUCUUAAAUCAGCGAGUAUCCCUCAUGUGUUUGCUGUCGGUCGGUUCACUGGUGCUGUUUCUCUGCUUAAGAGUCUGGAUUACGAGACUGCCAAGACUUACUCUGUCACAGUUACGGUCAACGAUGGAAAAUACUCUAGUGACGUCACUCUAAUAAUUCACGUGACUGAUGUCAAUGAUAAUCCACCAGUCUUCAUGAACAGUUCAUACGAGCUAAAAAUAACGCAGACGGUACGUGCUGGGGUCCCUCUACUACGAGUCCGCGCUACAGAUAAGGACAGCGGCAGCAAUGGUAAAUUAACGUACUCAUUUCUUCAUCCAAUCCCAGAAUUCCAGGUCAACGUCACUUCCGGUGUCAUAUACACUCGGAAGAAAAUUAACACGGGUGUUCGUGAUACMCUGAACCAGAUACUAGUGGUAGCAACAGACCAAGGCAGACCUCCACUUCGUACUUUUGUAUACCUCAGGGUAUUAAUUACUGGUGAACCACAGUUUGACCGUGCACAGUACACAAGUAGCGUCCCUGAAGAYAUAACAGUAGGRAAAUCAGUCCUUACAGUCAAGACAACUGAAAACCCACCAUCCACGCCUUCAGCAAGGAUUAGCUUUGUUAUAGAGAGUGGRGAUCCACGUAAUCAGUUUCGUAUUGGUCAACGAAGUGGGAUCAUCCGAGUCAAAGCUCCAUUGGACUACGAGAUUGAUAAACAAUACCAACUCGUUAUCAGAGCAUUUGAUGAUGUCGCACCGUCAAAUUUAGUACGAGUAACUGCAUUGAUUAAUGUUACUGAUGUGAAUGACAUGAAACCAGUAUUCAAGCAGCGCCCAUACAUAGCACGAUUUAAAGAGAAUAUUCCUAAAGGAACCAUUGUCAUGAAUGUGACGGCAUCUGAUGGUGACAYKGGUUCUAACGCAAAGGUCUGGUACRCCAUCCAGUCUGGUGACGAUGAGAACUCGUUUACUAUUGAUCGUAAUACUGGUCGCAUCAGAACCAUUAAAGAACUGGAUUACGAUUCCAUCAAAACUCACCAUCUGUCUGUGMGGGCUACCGAUCAAGGUAAGCCUCCAUUACAUUCAGACACAGCGGUGACAAUCCAAGUUCUUGAUCUGAACGACAAUGCUCCCAUUUUCCACGUCCCUAACCCYGGACAAGUACGUGUACCYGAAAACUCCAAAGUAGGGACAGAGUUCUACAACCUCACUGCCACCGACAAAGACUCCGACGCAAACAGUCGUUUAACAUACUCAAUCAUCGGUGGUGAYGGGAAGGGCUUGUUUCGYAUUAAUCCCAAAACGGGUUUACUGUCAACCAACGAGAUAUUUGACUACGAGAUCAAGAACUCUUACACACUAGAAGUUAAAGUUAUUGAUUCGGGUUCUCCACCGUUACAAAGUACUAUAUCCAUCGUCAUUAAUGUAGCAAGUGUUGAUGAGUACUCACCAGUCUUCCCUCAAGAAGGAUACGAGUUCAAAGUACGUGGGGACGCUAAAGUUGGCGACGUUGUUGGUACGGUUUCUGCGACAGAUCUGGAUGGUGGUGAGGAUGGCGAGGUUUUUUAUUCCUUUUUUAAUCCACGAACUGAUGCAAUAGUAAUCAAUAAAACAUCGGGUGUUAUUACAGUWAACCGAACUCUUAACGACGGAUCAGAGUUACAGAAAAAGCGUGAACGAAGAAGUGUUGAUGAACUCGACGAAACGUUGGUUGGACGUUCACGAUCACGGCGCGAAGUAGAUGAUGAUCUUUACUUGACAGUUCAUGCWGRCAGCGGUAAGCCCAACUCAAAGAAAGCGACAACUUCAGUGUCAGUUAAAGUGGAUUUUUCCUGUGAUGGAUGCGGCAUUGUUACCAAARGUSCGCAAACCGGAGGUGGUGGUAUAUCUGGUACAGGUUUGGUCAUCAUUGUUGCUUUGGCUGUACUUGCGGGUGUUGUGUUGUUAGCCCUCAUUGUUGUCGUGCUACUYAUUUAUGGACACAGAAARCGUAAAAAGUCKCGUAAAAACCCAAGAUUGAAGUUUGAUGGUUCUUUUGACGAGAUUACUGUUCAUCCAUCUACCGGUAAUUCRAACCAYGGCGCAGUAUCAGCUGACAGUAUUCCAGCGCGCACAUAUCCACAGGAGUAUACGCCGCUGACCAGGACGACCGAUAACUCUAACAACGCUACGAGUACUGAAGCAUCGGAAACACCCGGUAGCGCAUCGAGUGGACGAGGAUCUUCCGAUGGAGACUUCGAAGAGGGUCCGACAGCUUAUGUUAAUGGUGAUGUUGGCAGUCUUCACUCGGAAAAUUACAUUAAAACCAUCAUUGCUGAUUCAGGAAUUCAAGAUAAUGAAGAUGAUCGUAUAUCACAGUUGACAAUMAGUGACGGUAGUGGAAUCUUACACACAGACGAMGGAAAAACKUWCAAGAAUGAUAARRUCUCAUCGAAAUUAGAUUUUCAGAGUCAAGAAAGCAUGCACGUGUUUGGAGAAGAAGGCGGUGGCGAGGCUGACGUAGGCCAUGACCUUCUUUACGCUAAGCUUGCCGAAGUAGAUGCUGACGACGAAUCUAUUUCCGAAUUACCMCGGCGAUUUCUCGACGAUGAUCGUAGUCCAUAUGCGGGUUCACUAAGUUCAAUUAUUGGAAGUAAGGAGGAAUUGACGGGGAGCUACAACUGGGACUACCUCCUCGACUGGGGGCCUCARUUYCAACCACUGGCUGAGGUWUUUCUUGAAAUAGGACGCAUGAAGAAUGAUAAUGAUAUUCAUGGACGAACAGGUAGUAUACCGUCRAGUAGACAUCUACCUGGUAUUGCUACUACUGAUAUGUUGUCAUCAGUGUCAUCAUUCCCUCGGUCACCUAUCAGUCCUCCUUCUACACAAUUCACGUCACCAGCUUUCUCACCGAACUUUACUCCAGCUAUUACACCGUUGAUAACUCGCUCUCCRUCAGUCUCUCCACUGGAUACAGGCACCGUGUCUCCUGCGUACUCUCGUGCAUGCUCACGACCAGCCUCUGCAAACAUUCAAUUGGGAAGAAACAGAAGAGAUUCGGAUUGUGAUUCCAAUUCAGAACUCUCACACUCGCCUUCGAUAUCGGACAAUGAAUCSAACUUAGAAAUYGAAAUAUAGAUAGUCUCUUAAUGUACAGAUAUAGAAUAUACGCAAACAUCGGCUGUUCAAGCGAUAAAAACUGAUGAUGACCAUUUAAUUUUUGAUAAUUACAUGUAAUACUGAAUGAACGUAACGAUUUUUAUCGUUUAAUUGAUAUCGAUUAAUCCUGUCGAUUUAUAUCGAUUGGUUGAUAUCAAUUUUUAUCGCUGGAACAUUCACGGUUCCGUUAACCGUGUUUUGAUACGUUUUAGUCGAAGACGCUUCUUACAGUAGGAUGAAAACGUAGGAAAAUCAGAGUAAGUUUUCAUAACGAGGAACAAAUGAACCCUUGAGAGAGUUGUGGACUACAAUAUGCGCAAAUACCUUAUUGCUUUGAGAGAUUCAAACUGAAAAAAGACAUAUCCAUUCUAUACAAUGGAAGUGUGGUGACAAUGACGUUGAUUUUACAGUGCCUCCACAAACUUACUCUGAUGCUAUCUACAUUUUUAACCGUAAAGUCUAAUCUCUGUUAUUUUGUAUAACAUCAACUGUACUAUUGCGUGAAAAUUUUACACAUAGUUUAUAUAUUUAUAGAACGGUAGAUUGAUURACAAAAGCCCAAUAUAAAGCUUUACCAUCUAUUGAUAGAGUGCUUUCAAUAAAAGCGUGAACCAGUAAUUACUUAAUUUUACAAGUGUUAAUUAGCAUAAAAUGUAG